UCCACCGCUCUCGGUGCCUCUGCAACCUCAGGAUGAACUGCACCAGCUUCCUCUAUCCUGCGGCCCAGUGCCCUGCGUCACACCCAGCCCUAUGCACGCAAACCCUGGGACCCCGCUUCCCUCUGCCCGAAGCCUCCGGUCCUGCACCCCCGCCCAUCGUGGGCUGGUCUGUCUGCUGUGGUCACGGCCACCACCCCUCCUGCCUGACUCCAGCCCAGCGCUCUGCUCCGUCACCCCACUCAGGAGGGAGGGCAGCCUGGGACACCCCAGCCCACCCCACGCCUCCAGGAGAGACUGCUGGGGGCCUCGAGGCCCAGGAAACAGGACCAUGAACAGCUCCAGCUGUGGGCAGUGCCAGUUCCGCGGGUCGGUAGUCCACUAUGCCUACACGGGCCUGCUGCUGGCGCUGGGGCUGCCGCUGAACGCACUGGCGCUCUGGGUGUUCUGCUGCCGCGUGCCGCGCUGGACCACGACGCACGUGUACAUGGUGAACCUGGCCACGGCCGACCUGUGCCUGCUCUGCACGCUGCCGCUGCUGCUGCUGCCCGGAGAGCUGGCCCUGCUGCCCUGCCACAUCUCCCAGGGCUGCUACCUGGCCAACAGGUACAUGAGCAUCAGCCUGGUCAUGGCGCUGGCCCUGGACCGCUACGUGGCCGUGCGGCACCCGCUGCGGGCGCGGGGCCUCCGCUCCCCGCGCCGUGCCCUGGUGCUGUGUGCCGCACUCUGGGUGCUGGUGACCGGCUCGCUGGCCCUGCGCGGGCUGCUGGGGGUCCGGUCCAACCACACCUGCUUCUUCGGCACCUCGGAGCGGGAGUCCGGCACCGUGGCCUUCUCGCUGCUCGGCUUCUACCUGCCGCUGGCCGUGCUGGUCUUCUGCUCUGUGCAGGUGGGCGUGGCCCUGGCCCAGAGGCCAGCCACCGACGAGGGGCAGGCCGAGACCACUCGCAGGGCUGCCCGCAUGGUCUGGGCCAACCUGGCCGUGUUCCUGGCCUGCUUCCUGCCCCUGCACCUGGUGCUGAGCGUGCGGCUGGCGCUGGGCCCCCGCCAGCACACCUGCGCCUUCAAGUGCGCCCUCUUCAUCACCAGCAAGUUCUCGGACGCCAAUGGCUGCCUGGACGCCAUCUGCUACUACUACUCGGCCAAGGACUUCCAGAAGGCGUCGAGGCAGCCCGCACCCCUCAGCACCAAGGCCCACAAGAGCCAGGAUUCUGUGUGCCUGGCUGUGACCCAAGGGCCUGUCUCCCGCUCCUAGGACGGCGCUGCCUCUGCACAAGGAAGGGGCCACAGGACUGGAACGGGGGGUGGAGGUUCAGGGGAGGCCUUCCUGCCGGUCUCCUGCUGCUGCCCCCUGGGGCUAGAAUAAAGCUCUCAGCCAGAAUCACCAGAUGGCUGCAUGAUGCCCACCUGCCCCCUCCCCCCUGACGGGUGGGGGCCAGAGGUAAG